GCAAGACUCACCCAAUCUCUCACACAAUCUCCUACAGACCACCAAACAUGGUAUCCAGCCUUGCAGGCAGGCACUGCUAUUGCUCUUCGUCGUCAAGUCUUCUGUUUUAGCAUUUAUUUGAUUUCUGGAGUCCUCUAUUUCUCAUAAAUCUCUCUCUGCGACGUUCGAGCUUUCUUCCCUUCUAACUCAUAAUAUCCUCAUUUUUGCGCUAUUAACCCUUCUUCACGACCAUCAAUGCCCUCCAUUGAGACAGCCUCCAGCUGGGACUUCACUUCGGUGAUUGAUCUGAUCCGGUCGCCGACGUAUGGCGGCAGUCAGGCAGCCGUUGCUCCUAGCAAUAACAAUGCCGCAGAGCGGCUCAAAAACACCAACGAUGCAGAAACUAAGGCCUCGGGGCAACAGGAUACCAGGAGCCAUACACCGCUUGGUGACUUUGGCUCUCUAUGGGAUUUUCUAGGAAGCUGCUCCAAAGAGUCUAUUGUGAAAGCCCCUGAGGCCCAUGCCCCCCGCGGUGACCCCGCAAAUGACGCCUCGGAGCCCCCAAUCUCACCACCAACUUCGUUCAAGAUUCUCCAGCGACCAACAAAUAAUAAGAAACUGCCUAGCAACAGUCUUAUUGAUGCUCCGCCACGCACUCCAGCCAGGGGAAUAUCUUUUUCCAGUAGACGUCAACCACAAAAGCCCCGCAUCACGACCAAGAUUUGCAACACCGGUAUCCAAGACCCUGGCAGCCUGACGGAAAGCGGUGCAGAAGCGGAAUCGGAUGGUAACGUCAGUAUUUUUGAUGCUCCGCAAUCCACCAAACGAGGCAUCACAAUCUUAAAACCAUCUCGAGUGGAUGUGCAAGGCGCUUUAUCGGACAAUAGCUACACCCCGCCAUCGUCGUACGAUGAAUCAGAGAAUCGCCUUGUUCAUGCGACAGCCAUCAAGCUGCCAGCUACCUAUGGACACAGUGACGGCUGUAUCCACGUCCAGUCUGUGUUAUACAGAUCCUAUGCCGAGCGAAGGAUCGGCUUGUUGACGAAGCUCCUGAAAAAAUUCCCUGAGUAUUCAGAGGUCGUAUCGCAGGUCGGGCAAUCCCAAUCUCAACUCAUCAAGAUCGACCGUCCAGUCUUGUUAUCGCCUAUUCAUAUCUUUAUUGAUAUGUCCAAUAUCAUGGUUGGCUUCCACGAUUGUGUGAAAGUCUCGCGGAACAUCCCUGUGAAAACUCGGAUCCGCCGCCUCCCACUCUCAUUCCAAAAUCUGUCGCUCAUUCUGGAACGUGGCCGACCGACCGCCAAGAGGGUCUUGGUUGGCUCAGACCGACUGCCGACCAUUGACGACGCUGAAACGCUCGGAUAUGAGGCGAACAUCUUGGACCGUGUGCAUAAGGUGAAGCACAUGACACCUCGCCAGCAAAGGUUUAGGAACGUCCCUCCUUCCCGCGCUUCUGAGAUGAACGCGGGCACUGAGGAACGAUGGGUCGAGCAAGGUGUUGACGAAAUUCUACACCUGAAGAUCCUUGAAAGCCUGGUAGACACUGCCGAGCCUGCCACUAUUGUCUUGGCCACAGGCGACGCGGCUGAGGCUGAGUACUCGGGCGGGUUCAUGAAGAUGGUCGAACGUGCGCUCCAGCGAGGGUGGCGGGUGGAACUGGUCAGCUUUUCCCAGGUCAUGAGCAAAGCAUAUCGCCGGAAGGAAUUCCGCGCGAAAUGGGGUUCCAAGUUCAAGGUCAUCAAGCUGGACGACUACAUUGAGGAGCUUUUCCAUCUUUAAGUUGGGCUUUCUGAUAUUCAUAUUCAUCUAUGGCUUCCUGUUCGAUUUAUUGCAGAUCAGUUAGGCAUAUACUCUCGGUUUGUAUCUUUGGCUAGCAGUGAAUAGGAGUCUCGAUAGUCGGUAUUUAAGAAAGACAUGAUAAACCUUUUGCUGCAAAUC